AUGGCGCUCCGCGGCCCCCUCCGGCCGCGCAAAGUUCGCGGGAGGCGAGAGAUGCUGCCGCAGCAAGUUGGCUUCGUGUGCGCGGUGCUGGCCCUGGUGUGCUGUGCGUCCAGCCUCUUCGGCAGUUUGGGGCACAAAACAGCUUCCGCUAGCAAACAUGCUCCACCAGACUCAUGGAGAAAUAGAAAGCUGAUGGCACCAAUAAAUGGGACGCAGGCAACUAAGAACUGCACAGAUCCUGCAGUACACAAGCCACCGUAGUAUGACAGACUGACAAACAAGUGCAGAAAACAUGGCGCUCUGGUCACCCACCUCUUAGGGGCUCUGUACAUGUUCUACGCCUUGGCCAUUGUAUGCGAUGACUUCUUUGUUCCAUCUUUAGAGAAGAUCUGUGAGAGACUCCAUCUGAGUGAAGAUGUGGCUGGGGCCACCUUCAUGGCUGCAGGAAGCUCUACACCAGAGCUGUUUGCCUCGGUUAUUGGUGUGUUCAUCACUCAUGGGGAUGUCGGUGUGGGGACCAUCGUGGGCUCCGCUGUGUUCAACAUCCUGUGUAUAAUUGGAGUCUGUGGACUGUUUGCUGGACAGGUGGUGCGGCUGACGUGGUGGGCCGUGUGCCGGGACUCUGUGUACUACACGCUGUCUGUCAUCAUGCUUAUUGUGUUCAUUUACGAUGAAGAAAUUGUGUGGUGGGAAGGCUUGGUGCUCAUCGUCUUGUAUGUGUUUUACAUUCUGAUCAUGAAGUACAAUGUGAAGAUGCAAGCCUUUUUCACCGUCAAACAAAAGACCGUUGCAAACGGCAACACAGUCAACAACGAGUUAGAGGAUGGUAAUGAUUACUAUGACAUUAGCUAUGAUGACCCCUCCGUGCCAUUACUGAGGCAAGUGAAGGAGAAGCCACCAUACAGCAAAAACCCCGUGGUGAUGGUGGACGAGGUCAUGAGCUCCAGCCCUCACAAGUUCAACUUCCCAGAGGCGGGCUUACGCAUAAUGAUCACCAAUAAAUUUGGGCCCAGGACCCGACUACGGAUGGCCAGCAGGAUCAUAAUUAAUGAGCGGCAGAGACUGAUCAACUCAGCACCUGGUGUGAAUGGCAAGCCACUGCCAAACGGGCGGCUGGAGAACGGCGAGGUUCCUGCGGAGAAUCCCCAAGACCCGCAGCAGGACCGGCAGCAGCCACUGCCACCACAGCCGGAACCGCCACCCUCAGAGCCGGAGCCAGAACCAGCGCCAAUCGAGACCACCUUCCUGUCCCCCUUCUCCGUGCCCAAAGCAAAAGGGGACAAAGCCAAGUGGCUGUUCACCUGGCCACUCAUCUUCCUCCUGUAUGUCACCAUCCCCAACUGCAGCAAGCCCUCCUGGGAGAAGUUUUUCAUGGUCACCUUCGUCAUCGCCACACUGUGGAUCGCCGUGUUCUCCUACCUGAUGGUGUGGCUGGUGACAAUUAUUGGCUACACACUUGGGAUUCCUGAUGUCAUCAUGGGGAUUACUUUCCUGGCAGCAGGCACGAGCGUUCCAGACUGCAUGGCCAGCUUGAUCGUGGCGAGACAAGGCCUCGGGGACAUGGCGGUCUCUAACACCAUAGGAAGCAACGUGUUUGACAUCCUCGUAGGGCUUGGCAUACCGUGGGGCCUCCAGACCAUGGUCAUUAAUUACGGAUCCACAGUGAAGAUCAACAGCCGGGGUCUGGUCUAUUCAGUGGUGCUGUUGCUGGGCUCUGUCGCUCUCACUGUCCUUGGCAUCCACCUUAACAAAUGGAGACUGGACCGGAAACUGGGGGUCUAUGUGCUGGUCCUCUACGCCAUCUUCCUGUGCUUCUCGAUCAUGAUAGAGUUCAACGUCUUCACCUUUGUCAACUUGCCCAUGUGCCGAGAAGAUGACUAA